CCCUUUGAUGGGAAGCCGCCGGAAGUGACGGUGCCUGGAGGGGCGGGUCCGAGGCCAGUAAAUAUUGGUGACGUCAGGCUGCCAAGAUGGCGGAGGGGGAAGAUGGAGGCUGGUGGCGGAGCUGGCUGCAGCAAAGCCUUCAAACAGUCAAAGAGAAGUCCACAGAGGCCUUGGAGUUCAUGAAGCGAGACCUGACAGAAUUCACGCAGGUGGUCCAGCAUGACACGGCCUGCACCAUUGCGGCCACUGCCAGCGUUGUCAAGGAGAAACUGGCAACGGAGAACUCCUCGGGUACCACUGAAAAGGUGAGGAAAGGGCUUUCCAACUUCCUGGGCGUCAUCUCAGACACAUUUGCCCCUUCGCCGGAUAAGACCAUCGACUGUGACGUCAUAACCCUGAUGGCCACCCCUUCGGGGACGACGGAAUUGUACGACAGUGCCAAGGCGCGACUAUACAGCCUUCAAUCAGACCCAGCCACUUAUUGCAAUGAACCUGAUGGACCCUCUCAACUUUUUGAGGCCUGGCUUUCACACUUCAACUUAGAGGAGAAAAAGGGGGAGAUCUCGGACUUGCUGGUGAACAGUCCUUCCAUCCGUUCCCUCUACUCCAAGAUGGUCCCAGCAGCUGUCUCCCACUCGGAGUUCUGGCAGCGCUAUUUCUACAAAGUCCAUCAGUUGGAGCAGGAGGAGGUACGAAGGGAGGCCCUCAAGCAACGAGCAGAGCAGAGUGUUCACUCAGAGGAGCCCAGAUGGGAGGAGGAAGAAGAGGAGUUUCUAGGGUCGUCGUCAUCAUCUCCCCAGCCCCAUACACAGCCUUCCCAUGAGGCAAAACCUGCUCCUGCCUUGACAACAGAGGUGACUCCAACCCUGGAGGUAUCCGUGGAAAGCUGGGCCACACUCAGCCCGACCCUAACUGAGGCCACCCCAUCCGAAAGCAGCGAGAGCGUCUCCCUGAUGACGCAGGUCACAAACCCAGCUUCAGCCGCCGCCACUGUGCCCGCCCUGCCCUCACAGACCAGCGCCCAGCUCUCUGGGGCAGGGGACCUCUCCCCAAGGCUGCCGGAAGUCCCCAGAGAAGAGCCCAAGGCACCAGAGCCCACACAGCUCGCCACAACGCCCCAGGACGGGAAGCCUUCGCCAGAGAAGCAGCCCAAGGAGGCAGCCGAAGGCAAGGGGCAAAGCCGGACAGACGGUCCCCGAGAGGAAGCGCCAAUGGACCUGCGACUCUUUGAGCUCAACUCGGACAGCGGAAAGUCCACUCCCUCCAACAACGGGAAGAAAGGUUCAAGCACAGACGUCAGCGAGGAUUGGGAGAAGGACUUUGAUCUGGACAUGACUGAAGAAGAGGUUCAGCUGGCUCUCUCCAAGGCUGACAUCUCUGGGGAGCUGGAUGAUGAAGAAUGGGCAGACUGGGAGUAGCAGCUGGGGCCCUUGCUUCCUGUGCAGCAGAAGCACAUCCUGGCCCCUUCUCUGGCACCCCACGCACCCCUCCGCACCAUCCAAUGUGAAUUAAAUCACAGAGCAACCGGCUUCUUGCCCCUUGUGUCCGUGUGUGUUCUGGCCUGGCUGCAUCUCAUCUCUGCUCACGUCCCGCUGGGAAACUUGGACCACGAGGAUGACGCUGGGAUCCUUGCCAUGGAGGCCGGUAUCUCACUUGGGAAGGGAAGGGGCCAUCUUCUCUUAGGACAAUGCUCCUUUCCACUCAGACUAAUAACUCUUUCAGAACUGCUGCUCCUGGGUGGAAGUCUCUUUUUCCUCUUUGUUCCCUUUCCACCGCCUUUUUUUGUUUUGUUUUGAACCUUGAGGUGGAUGUUAGUUGGUGGUGGAUUGGAUUGAAGUGUAGAAGGAAUUCUCUCUGGAUUGACUGGACUUUGCAGAAUAGUUAGGCUUCCUUUUCUGGCCGCUCUGAACCAGCAGCUUUGCUCGCUGUGUGGCCAUUGGUUUCAUGAAAUGUAGCAAGCUUCUAGUGGGUCCCAGAACUGGGUCCUCUCUGCCUCCCACUGGGAACAAUGGUCCUGAGGAGCGCCAGUGUGGACCCUGGCAGCCUUGUCGGUCUCCUUCCUUCAAAAGAGGCUUCUGUACCACCUAAAUGGAACCCACAGUCUCCCAAGUUUUUGAGCAGCCCACCUUCAUCCUGUCUUACGCUGCCUCCUUUCUCUGCUCUCCAGGGACCUGAAGCACUUUUCAAAAAUAAUAAAAGUUCUUGUGCUGAAUCCUUUCUUGAGCAUGCAACCCCAUGGAAGGGGCACUUCCCAUGCAAGCUCAGCAAAGGGGCUGUUGUGCAGGAGAUGUUAUUUCUGUGUUCUCUGGAGGAGGCCCCUUUCCAAAGUUUCCCUGGAAGUAGCCCCCUUCCUCAGACGGACGCUAAUCUUGGCCUGCCUGUAAGGACCAGCGUUUGCCAAAGCCUUGUGCCCCUAUCCACUACCAUUGAGCCGGCAUCAUCUGUUGAACAUCUCACUCAAACUGCCUCCGAGUCUGUUGUCUUGCCCGUAGCCUCCAGUUUAAUUUUCCUUCCUAGGUAUGUAUGUGUUUUCAGGGAGAGCACAGUGCGUUUGCCCUUUUUUCUGCCCUGUCUCCCAAGACGUAGCCUAGCUGCCUUGCAACCAAGUCAAAGAGUCUGAAAUUGCUUUGGAAGCUCUGACCUAAGAACCGAUUAGCUGCAAUGAUGCUUUUCUAAAAAGGUUCCAAACUGUUGGCCGAUCUCUUUGAGACACAAUUCAUCCUAGGAUGCAUUAUGUGCCCUUUUGAAAUGAAUAGGAGCUAGCUUGAAUCCACUGUCUACUUGCAGAAAGCAUGCUCAGCUGCUCCCUAGUGGCGCAAGAGCCUUGUCUUUCCUGACUUGGAACAGGUCCAUAUCAUAAAAUGUUGAGCCUCUAUGAGAUUAGAAUAAUCUAAUGACAGGAGCAAGCAUGGGUUUUUCCAAGAGCUGCAACUCUCAUGUGCAGUUAGGUCCCUUCCACUCUUCUCAGUGCUUCUACUUAAUUGCUCACUUGUUCAACUGUUCCUGGCUUCUUGGGUACUAGAGGAGAAUGAAAGCAUUGUCGCUACCAUUUUAAUUCUCCUCUGCAAGAAGUACCCAGAGAAGAUGAGGCAAAUGAGCAGAAACACUAAAUAGUGACUGGUGUAAGGCUGUCAAUGGACAACUGUAGCCGAUGUUAGAGUCUACAGACACUACAGUCACCUGGAGGAGAUUAACCACAUGAUUAUAGGCUCCUCUGGGAAAUGGACCCUUAAAAAUCCCCCCUUCGGGGAAAGCUAAUGUGGGAGUCAGCUCUGAAAGCAGGUACAUUCUAGGAGAACCAGUCUGCCCCCUUCUCUCUCUGGAGGGGUUCCCCAAAUGCUGUACUCAGCAGACAAAUAAGACGACUUCUUACAUUCCUGUGAUCUAGAACAGCAGCCGGAGUCAAGGGAGAAAGGCCGGAAAAAUGUGUCAGGUUCUUCUUGCAGUUUGCAGCUUGAGUUGAAACGCUUGGGAGGUACCUGCCUCUUGCAAGUACUGGUCCCACCACAUUCUUGCAGGAAUGGAUCUUUGGCUGCGUCUUAAGGAUCCGCACAAGGGCCCACAAGACUUCCUUCUUGGCCAAAGGGACCACAAAGCAAGCUGUGUUCCAGGCAUUUCCCCUCCCCUGUUUAAAAACUGGAUCCAAGAGGAUCCAAGCCUGGUGUCCGAGACUUCCGAACCUUGCCUUGGAGGCAGCAUCCGCCUUGAAGACCCACAGCGAAGGGCUUGUGCGGACGGCAGGAGCCAAAACGAGGCUGGAGACCUGCAGCCAUGUCCCUUCUCAAGGCAGUUGAGACGGGGAAGGAGCACGGGCGUCUCUGGCUUCAUCGUAAUUCUUCAUUUUCCUCUUCUCGGUUGUGCAAUAUUCUCUCAUUUUUAAAUUAUACCGCAUCUCCCUGGACUGUUUUCGAAGCUGGGGGCAAACAAGUGACUCUAACAAGCUGUUAGUUUUGUAAUUAUGACUUUCUCCCCGAACCUUUUACAGACUUGCUGUUAACAGCGAUUAAAAGAGUUCUACAGAAAUGG